AUGGCCGGUACCUCAGAUCCCUCUUCUGCUAACCUCGAUAUGUCCAACAGUUCAGUUAAUAAUGAAACCAUUGAAAAUAGUAUGUUUAAAAAAAUGUUUGAUGAAUAUAGAGCUAAAGACGAACAAAUUAGCAGAUUAACUGUGGAAAUAGAAGAGUUAAAAAGAGAAAAUUUAAAAUUAAAAGCACAACAAUCGGUGAAAAUGCCAGAACAAUCAAUAAAUAUCCGUAAUUGUGAUCCGAAACAAAAAGCUCAAGAACUUAAAAAUGCAUUAAAUAAAGUUCAUCCAAAUCGCCCUCAUUAUGUUAACCGGCAGCAGUUGGUCCCUAGUUCGACCGCCAUUAUCCCUCAUGUUGAUGUAAACCAUUCGUUAGUGGAUAUCGAUGACAAUAUUUCAAAGAAUACUAAUAAUGUCCCAAUUAGUCAUGCUCCGCCUCUCUUGAAUAGUAGUUUCAUGAGUCAUGAACCUCCAAUCCCCGAAUAUCAAGUUAGACCAUCAAAUGAUCAAGAAGUUAUUAAUCAAGCGACCACUCCAUUAAUUUCUCAUUUUACACCUCUCUCUGACGGAAGACUCAGUUACCCUCCCCUACCUCAAUCACCUCCACGACGCACUAACAACUCUAAUAAGCCUGAUAAACCUUCGGGUUAUUCACAGGCGAAACAUACCAUCUUUAUAGCAUGGACCGGUUCAAUGACACUGGAUGGAUUAAAGUCUUUGUUUAGAACUGAAGAUGUCGAUGACAUUCGAUUUCUACCAAAUAAACAAUUCGCCCAUGUUGAUUUAAAGACAGAAGCGGGGUUGAAGAGGGCCUUGGAACUUAAUGAUCAA